ACCAGUGAGAAGAUGUGGUCUUCUUUGAUUACCCCCACUUUUCUAUUCCUGAGUUUUUUUUCUGUGGAAUUGGCCCCAAAUCCAGGGUCAGCCACAGAUGAAAAUGACAGCUACCCCCCUUUUUGGGACCAGAUUAAUGGGGACAUAGCAGAAUUUCCAGUACAGAAUAACAAAACAAUCAUUGAUCCCUGGAAAUAUAUUGAUCGAUUAAAAAUGUAUAAAAUCCUUAUUGAAAAAUCAAACAGAUAUUUUGCUGGAUUUGGAAAAAACAAAACAGACAAUGUAUUGUGGGCACUCACCUUAUAUUAUGGACAGCUAUAUGAAACAGAUCGAUUUUCAGAACCUCCCAACAGUUCAGUCUGUGCUUAUGACGCUGGAGCUCCUGGCUGUGUAUCUAUCAACAGUGGCUGGGGAGAGAUUAACUUCUAUGUGAUUGUUCCGUAUUUUCUUGCUGCAAUUGAGUCUGAGUUUCUGAAGGAUUUACCAUACCAGGUGGAGUUAGUAUCUCGAGAAGAAUAUAGGUCUGACUUCUGUUAUUCGAUUGCAGAAUGCCGUGCAUCCUACCCACAAGCUAUGGAUCUAGCCAACAGGUUUUAUCAGUAUUUGCUGUCCAGAGAGAUCACUUCCAUUGUCAAAGAUGUUCCUCAUUACGACAUAGAUGAGGACACAGUGGUCCUUUACAUGUGGGAGGCCCAUCAAGCAGGCAUUGAUAUUGGAACAUCGAAGUUCUCUGACGUGUAA